AUGACUGUUAAAGCUACACACAAUGUUGUACAUGAAGCUAAUGGUGUAGAUUUUAGAGAAACACCAGCACAAUUCUUUGCUAGGCAACCAAACAAGGGUCCAAUUACGGACUUGCAACACUAUAAAGAAUUGUAUCAAAAAUCAAUUGCUAAUCCUGAAGGCUUUUUUGGUCCAUUGGCUAAAGAACUCUUGUCUUGGGAUAAAGAUUUCCACAAAAUCAAGUCUGGUAGUUUGAAAAACGGUGAUGCAGCUUGGUUUUUAGGUGGUGAAUUAAACGCUUCUUUCAAUUGUGUUGAUAGACAUGCAUUUGCCAAUCCUGAUAAACCUGCAUUGAUUUACGAAGCUGACGAUGAAAAGGAUUCGUAUACGGUUACUUAUGGAGAAUUGUUGAGAGAAGUUUCUAAAGUAGCUGGUGUUUUGCAAAGUUGGGGUGUUGGUAAAGGUGACACCGUUGCUAUUUACUUGCCAAUGAAUGCGCAAGCCAUCGUUGCCAUGUUGGCUGUUACCAGACUAGGUGCUGCUCACUCAGUCAUCUUUGCUGGUUUCUCAUCAGGCUCAAUCAAAGACAGAGUUAAUGAUGCUAGUUGUAAGGCAUUGAUUACAUGUGAUGAAGGUAAAAGAGGUGGAAAGAUUGUCAACAUCAAGAAAUUAUGUGAUGAUGCAUUGGUUCAUUGUCCAAGUGUUGAAAAGGUCUUGGUCUACAAAAGAACUGGUAAUGAGGAAAUCAAAUUAAAAGAAGGUAGGGACUUCUACUGGGAUGUAGAAACUGCCAAAUUUCCAGGUUACAUCCCACCUGUUCCAGUCAAUUCAGAAGACCCAUUGUUCUUAUUGUAUACUUCAGGAUCUACAGGUACACCAAAGGGUGUCGUUCACACUACUGCUGGAUACCUAUUAGGAGCUGCAAUGACUACCAAAUACGUGUUUGAUGUGCAAAAGGAUGACAUACUUUUCACAGCUGGUGAUGUAGGUUGGAUCACUGGUCACACUUAUGCCCUUUAUGGGCCAUUGUUACUAGGUGUUCCAUCGGUCAUCUUCGAAGGUACUCCUGCAUACCCAAAUUAUGGUAGAUUUUGGCAAAUUGUUGAAAAACACAAAGCUACACAUUUCUAUGUUGCCCCUACAGCUUUGAGAUUGUUGCGUAAGGCUGGUGAACAAGAAAUUCACAAAUACGAUUUGUCCUCAUUAAGAACAUUGGGUUCAGUUGGGGAACCAAUUUCGCCCGAUAUAUGGGAAUGGUACAAUGAACACGUAGGUAAGAAUGAAUGUCAUAUUUCGGACACUUAUUGGCAAACUGAAUCAGGAUCACAUUUAAUUGCCCCAUUGGCUGGUGUUACUCCAAACAAGCCAGGCUCUGCUUCUUAUCCAUUUUUUGGUAUUAAUGCUGCAUUGAUUGACCCAGUUAGUGGUGUUGAAAUCGAAGGAAAUGAUGUUGAGGGUGUAUUGGUUGUCAAGGACCACUGGCCAUCAAUGGCAAGAACCGUCUACAGAAACCAUACCAAAUACAUGGACACUUAUAUGAACCCAUACCCGGGUUACUAUUUCACAGGUGAUGGUGCAGCAAGAGAUCAUGAUGGUUUCUACUGGGUCAGAGGAAGAGUUGAUGAUGUUGUCAAUGUCAGUGGACAUAGAUUAUCCACAGCUGAAAUCGAAGCUGCAUUGAUUGAAGACGCUAAGGUUGGUGAAGCAGCUGUUGUUGGUAUCAAUGACGACUUAACUGGUCAAGCUGUUAUUGCAUUUGUUGCCUUGAAAGAAGAAACUGAUGACGAGACUGCUCUAAGAAAAGAAUUGAUUUUACAAGUUAGAAAAGUAAUCGGACCAUUUGCCGCACCUAAAGCUGUAAUUAUUGUACAAGAUUUACCAAAGACAAGAUCAGGUAAAAUCAUGAGAAGAAUUUUGAGAAAGAUUAGUUCCAAUGAAGCUGAUCAAUUGGGUGAUAUCACAACUUUAUCAAAUCCACAAUCAGUUGAAGGUAUUAUCAAAUCUUUUGCUUCACAAUUUGGUAAAAAGUAG